AGUUUAAGAGGAUUAAUUUAAGAGGAUUUGUCAACCUAUACCAGAUAUGGGAUUGCCUAUUCAAGAGUUUAAACAUACACUGGUUCUAUCAAUCUGUACGUAGCCAAGUACUUGCUUCUUCCUCUAGCUUCUCUCCUCUCUGUGUGUAAAUGGCUUUUGAUCUUCUAUACCUUCUUUGCUUCAUCGUUCUCGCGCUUCUUCCUUGUUCCACCAUGGCUCAAACUUCAAAAAACAUAUCUUUAGGCUCAUCCCUCACCGCACAAAACAACGAUAACUCAUCCUGGUCAUCCCCAACUGGUGAGUUUGCUUUUGGUUUUCGACAGAUUGAGAAAGAUGGUUUCUUACUAGCCAUCUGGUUCGAUAAAAUACCACAGAAAACAAUCGUGUGGUCAGCCAAUAGGGACAGUCUUGUGCCACAAGGAUCAAAAGUUGAGCUCACCAGUGGUGGCCAAUUUGUGCUCAAUGAUGCAGAGGGCAUUCAAAUAUGGGAUGCCGAUUCUUUUAGUACCGAAGUUUCCCAUGCAGCUAUGCUCGACACUGGAAAUUUUGUGCUGGCGAACCGAAACUCCACCUACUUGUGGGAGAGUUUUGAUCACCCAACUGACACAAUGCUUCCCACACAGAUUCUACAACAAAAUUUCAUACUCCGUGCUUGCUACACAAUGACAAAUUAUUCGACAGGUAGAUUCUUGUUUUCACUACAACCUGAUGGAAAUCUCGUGCUUUACACAACAAAUUUCCCUCAAGAUUCUCCCAAUUUCGCAUAUUGGUCAACCAAUACAAUCAAUACUGAAAUUGGAUUUCAAGUCAUCUUCAAUCAGUCUGGCCUUAUUUACCUUACAUCCGACAAUGGGACCAUACUUAAUACAGUAUCAGGCAAGCCCAUUGCAACGCAAGAUUUCUACCAGCGAGCAACACUCGACUAUGAUGGAGUUUUGAGGCACUAUGUUUACCCUAAAAGCAGCGGCUCAAGCGAGGAAAGAUGGUCUACUUCCUCUUUCAUACCACCAAAUAUCUGCAGGUCAAUUACCGCAGAGGUAGGAGGCGGUGCGUGCGGUUUCAACAGCUUAUGUAGGCUUACUGAUCCAGGACAACCAACUUGUCAAUGUCCAAAUGGUUACAGUCCUAUUGAUCCAAAUGAUGUGCUCAAAGGAUGCAAACAGGACUUUGUUCCACAAAGCUGCAGCGCUAGAGAUGCCCCAUCACCGGAGGAUGAUUUUGACUUUCAAGAGAUGCUAAACACUAAUAUGCCUGGUGAUGAUUAUGAGCAUUUUAAAGUGGUGUCUGAGGAUUGGUGCAGACAGAAUUGCCUAGAGGAUUGCUUUUGUGAUGUUGCCAUUUUCAAUACUGCCGGAGACUGUUUUAAGAAGGGACUCCCUUUUUCGAAUGGGAUGAUUGAUCCUACUCUUAGUGGGACGAAAGCUCUUGUCAAAAUAAGGAAAGACAAUUCUACUUUAAAAGAUGGAGGAGCCAAUUCAAAAAAGAAAGAUGAUUUAACUUUGAUCAUUAUUGGAUCAGUGCUCCUUAGUAGCUCGGGGAUUCUGAACUUCAUCUUACCUCUGAUCACAUAUGUGGUUGUUUCUCGAAUGUAUUCUAGAAAAGCUGUGCCGGUUCCUCCUAAUUACCAGGGCAUGAACUUGAAGUAUUUCACUUACGAGGAGCUAAAAGAAGCUACGAAUGAGUUCAAGGAAGAACUAGGCCGCGGUGCUUCUGCGACAGUUUUCAAAGGAGUUUUAGCAUGUGACAAGGGAAAAUGUGUUGCUGUCAAAAUUUUAGACGCGAAGGUUAGAGAAAAUGAUUUGGAAUUCAAUGCUGAAGUGAGAGCAAUUGGAAGAACAAAUCACAGGAAUUUAGUCCAACUACUUGGAUUUUGCAACGAGGGGCAGCACCGAGUUCUUGUGUAUGAGUUUAUGAGCAACGGUACUCUAGCAAGCUUCCUUUUCGGAGAGACAAGGCCAAAUUGGUACCAAAGAAGGCAAAUUGCAUUGGGGACUGCCAGAGGGCUCUUGUAUUUGCAUGACGAGUGCAGCUGCCAAAUUGUACAUUGCGACAUAAAGCCUCAAAACAUUCUUCUAGACGACUCAUUCACAGCAAGGAUCUCUGAUUUUGGAUUAGCCAAGCUUUUGAGACUGGACCAGACUUUAACUAUUACAGGUAUUAGGGGAACAAAAGGGUAUGUGGCACCCGAAUGGUUCAAGAACUUACCUAUCACAGCAAAGGUGGAUGUCUACAGCUUUGGUAUUUUGUUGUUAGAGAUCAUUUGCUGCAGGAAGAAAUUCGAUGAAGAAGCAGAAGAUGGAGAUCAAAUAAUACUUGCUGAUUGGGCAUAUGACUGCUAUAAGCAAAAGAAAUUACAUCUGUUGUUGGAGAAAAAUGAUGAAGCAAUUGAAGACAUCAAGAUGAUGGAGAAGUACGUGAUGAUCGCAAUGUGGUGCAUUCAGGAAGAUCCAUCACUCAGACCUACCAUGAAGAAAACCAUUCAUAUGCUUGAAGGAACUGUUGAAGUCUCAAAACCACCAGAUCCAUCUUCUUACAUAAGUUCCAUACUUUAAGACCUUGCACAUUAAUUUGUGAUCGAUUCAAAUUAUCACAAUUAUGUUUGGCAAUGCAUGUAUAAUAAUUUUAGGAUUACUACUGUUUAAGAUUUCUUAAUGUAAAGAAAAGUAGUGAUUUUUUUAUCCAA